CAAUGCCAGGCGGGGGGCGGUGACCGCAGCUGGGCCUGCAGCGACCGCCCGCACAGCUCGCCGGAGCUCGCCGCUGCCCGCCGGCCCGCGGGAGGGGAGAGCUGUGCGGCGCUUCCGCGGUUGCCUACCCCGGGUCCCGGUCUCCAGUUGCCUCGUUGCGGCUGACGCUCCUAACACAGACACCUCGUUUCUUGUUUAAUACUUCCAAAGAAACAGAAUAACCUUCAAGCUGGCGGGAGCAAUGGUUCACAUAAAGAAAGGCGAGCUGACCCAGGAGGAGAAGGAGCUGCUGGAAGUCAUCGGGAAAGGUACUGUACAAGAAGCUGGAACAUUAUUAUCCAGCAAGAAUGUUCGUGUCAACUGUUUGGAUGAGAAUGGAAUGACUCCUCUAAUGCAUGCAGCAUAUAAAGGAAAACUUGAUAUGUGCAAACUACUUCUGCGACAUGGAGCUGAUGUAAAUUGUCAUCAACAUGAACAUGGAUACACAGCCCUCAUGUUUGCUGCACUUUCUGGUAAUAAAGACAUCACAUGGGUAAUGUUGGAAGCUGGUGCUGAGACAGAUGUUGUCAACUCUGUGGGAAGGACAGCAGCUCAGAUGGCAGCCUUUGUAGGUCAACAUGAUUGUGUGACUAUAAUCAACAAUUUCUUUCCUCGAGAGAGACUGGAUUAUUAUACUAAACCCCAGGGACUGGAUAAAGAGCCCAAACUGCCCCCAAAGUUGGCAGGCCCACUGCACAAAAUUAUCACCACAACUAACCUUCAUCCGGUCAAGAUCGUGAUGCUUGUAAAUGAGAAUCCUCUGCUGACAGAAGAGGUAGCCCUGAAUAAAUGCUACAAGGUGCUGGAUUUGAUUUGUGAGAAAUGUAUGAAGCAAAGAGACAUGAAUGAAGUACUGGCUAUGAAAAUGCAUUACAUCAGCUGUAUCUUUCAGAAAUGCAUUAAUUUCUUAAAAGAUGGAGAGAAUAAAUUAGACACGCUGAUCAAAAGCUUGUUAAAAGGCCGACCUUCCGAUGGCUUUCCAGUCUAUCAAGAAAAGAUCAUUAGAGAAAGUAUCCGAAAAUUUCCUUACUGUGAAGCUACACUACUCCAGCAGCUGGUUCGAAGCAUCGCUCCUGUUGAAAUUGGUUCUGAUCCCACUGCAUUCUCUGUACUUACCCAGGCCAUCACUGGUCAGGUGGGUUUUGUGGAUGUUGAAUUUUGCACUACCUGUGGAGAAAAGGGAGCAAGUAAAAGAUGCUCAGUAUGCAAAAUGGUAAUAUAUUGCGAUCAAACCUGCCAGAAAACACACUGGUUUGCGCAUAAGAAAAUCUGUAAGAAUCUGAAGGACAUUUAUGAGAAGCAACAAUUGGAAGCUGCCAAAGAAAAGAGUCAAGAGGAGAACAAUGUCAGACUUGAUGUCAAUUCUAAUUGUGUUAAUGAAGAGCAACCAGAGGCUGAAACGGGUGUCUCUCGAGAGGAUUCCAAUCCUAAAGAUGCUGUGGAAGAAGAGAAAGAAUGUCUUCAAAGUGAGGCCGGGUUGGAAGGCUUACAGGAUGCUCCUACAGGUCCGCAGGUAUCUGAGGAAUAAAAGCCAUAGCACGUGCCAGCACGGAUGGUCCUCACCCUGGCAGGUAGCUGGAAAACUCACGUGAAUGUGUCCUCAUUGCCUCGUGACACCAUGGCAGGAUUCCAUGUUUCACAGAAUAGAUGUUUACAGGCAAAGCUCUGACUACUGUGCCCUGAUUUCCUAUUGAUUUCUGUUCUGCAAUUGAACAGAUAUUCCUAUGGAGAUUUGUCUCCUUCAAAAUACGGGAAAAACAUUUCUAUUCCCUUUCUGAGGCUGGCUCCCCAGCGAGUGUUCUCAAAGGAAAACAAAUUCCCUUAAAGAAGAAAUAUAAGCUUUAGGGAACAAAGGGACAAGUGGAAAAGGUAGGGGAGAGAGAUUUUCAGGAAAGAAAAAUUUUAUAGCCACAGGGAUGGGUAGUUAGGAAAAUCAUAACUUAUAUGUAAAUAAAAUACAUAUAAAUAGCAUUCGCAAUAGUGAAGCUCUGCUUAUUAAAAUGCAGUGAAAUGAAGAAAAGCUGUAUGCUAGAGGAUCUCUGCCAUAGUUCAGCCAAUUGUAGUUUCAUGUAGAAAUGAUCUUGAGCAGUUUGAACUUUGUGUAGUUCCCAUAGUGAUGUUUGUAUUUGCACCUUCAGAAAUGUCCAAUCCCUCAGAAGGAACUAAGGCAGGGGUCCCCAACCUAUGGUGAGUUGUAUAGUUAUU